GGGUGCCGCUGUGUUCCACCAGACGGGCCCGCCAUGACGCUGGGGGGCGAAGCGGCUGCGGCGGCCGCGCCGCCCGGGCUGGACGCCGCCCCAGGGGGCGAACCGCCGCCGCCUGCCCCAGAGGGCCCCGCCGCCGACGCGAGCCUGGGCAGCUGGUGGCUCGCGGCGGCGUGGGGACUUCUAGCCCUGGCGGGCGGAGGAGCCCUUGCCGCCCAGCUGGGCUCGACGGGGCGGGCCCGCCUCGCGGGCCUCACCGUCUGCGGGCUGGUGGGCCUCCUCGCCACGGCGCGGGUCGCGCGCCAGGCUUGGUGGCUCUACUGUGACCAGGAGGCGACGAAGGCGCAGAUGGCCUCCCUCACGGCCCAGAUGCAGCAGCUGGCCCUGUCGGGAGCGAUGGGCAUGCCAGGUGGAGGCUUCCCUGGCGGCGGUCCGCCCGACGGUGCCAUGCACGGGUGGGCCGACGUGGGAGCGCCGCCGCCGGGGAUCCCGCAGGUGCCGGGCGUGACGUUGGCGGGGCCAGCCACAGGACCCGUCGGGCCCCCAGUGGGUCAGGCCACCCAGGCGCCCACGGGUGCCGCGAGCCUGGACGCGCUGGGGGCGUGGGCGGGCCUAGCCGCCCCGGCCGCCCCAGAGGCGGGCGCCGCAGCCGCUGCGGGUAGCCCGCCAUACGUCCCUCAGUACAGGCCGCCCGAGCUGGACAGCAAGGUCCGGCAGCAGGCCAAGCAGGUGAAGGAGCUCCUGACGGCGUUCGCGAACGCCUGGGGGGCCAAGACUACAUGUGGGCUGGUGCCCGAGGUGAAGCGUCUCCUGACGGGGUUCGGCUACGUAGGCGAGCAGACGGUGACGGCCCCCCGUCAUGAGGAGCUCGGGGCCGCGCUGGACCGCCUCGCGUCGGAGGCCGCGCUGACCGCUGGCGCUGGCAUCUGGCAGUCCACCCCCAGCCAGGGCCUGGCCGCCGCGGCGGGAGGCUCGGAGGAGACGCGGUGGGGCUCCUCGCUACCAGCGGACCUCCAGCGAGCGGCCCCCGAGAUCUACAGGGGUCGACGACGCUACCAGGGGAGUCGGACCAGCCCAGUGUGGGUCGACCUGUGGACUCUUGCCACGUCGGUCGAUCUCCGCCUCCGCGACUGCGGCAGCGAUCUGGAGAUCAUGCAGGUGCUGGCCAAGGACGACAUGAUGGAGAUCGGCCUCCGCCGCCUCGCGGCAUACGUGUACGAGCAGCGGAGCGGCGACCGCGUCGGGGCCCAGCACAUGUUGGGCAUCGCGCCGCCUGGCGGCUCGGCCGACGUGGCUCCGACGUGGAUGGUGGCCUCAGCGAUGAUGCACACGAAGAUCGAGCACCAGCGCAGGGAGAGAGUCGAGGCUGAGGCACGCCACAGGCGCAAGAAUGACAAGGGCGGUGGUCGAGGCGACGGUCGCGGAGGCGUUCUUUCCCUCACUUUGGUGGAUCGCCCGACCCAGAUGACGAGCCGAUCUAGUCGACUACGGCAUCGAUUCAAGCGGAAGCUCACCCUGUGGGCUCUCGCCAACGAGUUCGUGCAGGGGAUCAACACCAUGGACACGGGCUCGUGCAAGGACCUCACCCGCCCCCGCCGCAAGGAGAGCUUGUCGGAGAACAUGCUGGGGCUGCACGGCCAGGUGCAUAGGGUAGCUCUACGAGAAGCUAAACGGCUGGCAGAGGCGCGCCGGGACUGCGGUCUGACAGGCGUCCCCGCGGUGCUGGAGCUAGCUCGUGUGGAGGAGGUGGGCUAUGGCAAGCCGACCCGCCUGUCGACCCAUGAGGCCCUGAGAGCGGAGGACAUUGAUGAGCCGCAAGUAGUGAAGAGUGUGAACAUGCUCGAGGCGCUCGAGCCGGAGGAGGCCAGGUACUACAGCGACGAGGGGCUUGUGGUCGCCCCGACGGAGUUGCGCAGCCGCGUGAUCUUCGAGGAGCUGCAGGCCAAGUUCGGUUUCGUUGGAGGCACUCAGGAGGAGUACGAGAAGUAUGUCAGCCGCUCAGACAUGCCGCCCAACCUGUGGCACUUCGGGGGCCCGCAGGAGGUGAAGGCCAUCGCGGGCUUCAGCACGGUGGGCAAGAAGACCAGCGGGCGGCAGCGUAAGAUCAUCAUGAUGGUGGCGGCUAACUAUAUGUUUCAGGACGUGAGGGGUCGAGCCGAACGCGGACUACACGGAGGAGGUGCGUUGGCCAGCCUGCACGUCCCGUCGGACGACCGGGCGGCCGCGGCGUUCGACGAGAGCAACGCCUUCUCUUUCGUCGAGGUUCCGAGCUGGAUGUGGGGCUGGCAGUGCGUGCCGCCCGCGAGGGCGUCCGCCGUCUGGUGGCUUCUGUCGCCCAGCCAGCGAGACUCUUUGGAUCCCGAGAGUUGGGUCUACCCGAUGUGGCGUCGUUUAGUCAUGGGCAGCUCCCACAGCGUGCACAUCCUGAUGUCAAUCAACGCGAGGAUAUGCUCCAUGACGCUGAGGCGCAGCCUGGUGGACCCGCGGCAUGAUCACACUCUGGCGUGGCAGGCCGGAUACCAGAUGCUGAAGGCAGUGCGCCACGCACGGCGUCAGGAGACCCGUGUCUUCGUGGUCAUGCACUUGUUCGCGGGGGCCCGGAGGGAGCAGGACGUGCAGCACUACGUCGAGGCGAUGAUGGCCGACCUGGAGCUGAAGGUGCUCAUGAUCUCGGUGGACCUGGCCGAGGACUCGCGGUGGGACCUCGGGCGCGUCGACACCUUUGAGCUGCUCUGGUCCCUGGUGGCCGAGGGCCUGGUGGACGUGAUCCUGG